CUUGUAUGACAAGUAAAAAUGGAAGCAAGUGUGUUAUGUGAAACUCCUGGCUGCAAGUCACUUGCUAUGUUACAAUGUCCAACCUGCAUUAAGUUAGGCAUACAGGGCUCGUUCUUUUGCAACCAGGAAUGUUUCAAGAAGUCUUGGAAAGCACAUAAGAUCAUACAUUCAUUGGGUGAGAGUACAGAUGGUACUGAAGGCGAAUACAAUCCGUGGCCGUCUUACACAUUUUCGGGUAAGCUGAGAGCUUUUCCUCAAGGACCGAAGCGAACCGUGCCACCUCAUAUCGGCCGCCCAGAUUACGCCGAUCACCCUACCGGUUUUCCGGCAUCAGAAAAUGCCGCGAAAGGCUCUGGACAGAUAAAAGUACUUGAUGACGAGGAAAUAGAAGGAAUGCGUGUCGCUUGCCGUUUAGGCAGGGAGGUUCUGGAUGAGGCUGCAAAAGCUUGUGAUGUAGGAGUAACCACAGAUGAAAUUGAUCGUGUCGUCCACGAAGCCUGCAUUGAGAGAGAAUGCUAUCCGAGCCCUCUCAAUUAUCACAAAUUUCCUAAAAGUUGUUGCACAUCUGUCAAUGAGGUCAUUUGUCACGGAAUACCUGAUUUACGUCCUUUAGAGGAUGGUGACAUAUGCAAUGUAGAUGUGACAGUCUACCACAGAGGCUUCCACGGCGAUUUGAACGAGACAUUUUUUGUUGGUAAUGUUCCGGAAUCGAGUAGAAAACUCGUGCAGGUCACGUAUGAGUGCCUACAAAAGGCGAUAGAGAUUGUGAAACCAGGUGAAAAAUAUAGGGAAAUAGGAAAUGUCAUACAGAAACACGCUCAAGCUAAUCGCUUUAGUGUGGUCAGGUCAUACUGUGGUCACGGAAUACAUAGACUAUUUCACACAGCUCCGAAUGUGCCACAUUAUGCAAAGAACAAAGCAGUAGGUAUAAUGAAACCAGGACACUGUUUUACAAUUGAACCCAUGAUCAAUGAAGGUAGUUGGCGAGAUGAACAGUGGCCCGAUCAGUGGACUGCUGUUACCGCUGAUGGUUCGAGAUCUGCUCAAUUUGAACAAACAUUACUAGUGACGGAGACUGGUUGUGACAUUCUCACACAGAGGGCGUCCGGUCGUCCUUGGUUCAUGGACCAACUUGAAAAAUUUAAUUAGUCUAAUACAAUAAUUCAUCCACUGAGAUAUACACUCAAAAUAUUGUUGUGCAGUAUGAAAUGAAAACUAUGCAAGUUUUAAAUUAAAGUAUUUGAAAUUAUUA